AUACAAUAUUGGACAGUCACUAACUAAACGGAAAAUUUCUAAAAGUCGCUUCAGUCUGCUGGGGCCAUGUUCUGUAGUUGGAUCGUACGGACACAUUGGAUUGCAUUCUAUGUAGUGUUGACGUCACAGGAAUCCUCCAACGCGGAAAUGACGACGACGGUGGAUUGCGAUUUUUCCAACGACAUGUGCAGUUGGAGGAGUUUGAAGGAGCAUGCGCGUGAUGACGAUGUAAAGUUGUUAUGUGGGCGGGGUGGGAACGCCUCAGACUGCCUAGCGUCCACCAAUUAUAUCACAAGAACCUGGUCUAGACUCAGCAAUGGGGAUAUAGCGGAGGGGGAAAUUACGGCGGAGUUAGGAAAUUUCUCUGGCAUUUUGGUUGGCUUUGUGGACAAAGCACUCAUAUUCCCAGGGUUGAAUUUUGAACACACCUCCUACAUUGUGAGCGACAGCCUACCAAUCAGCACCCGCCCAAGAAGUAUUCGCUACAACUACUAUAUCUACGGCAGCGCGGUGCUGACAGUAUCUUAUUUGACCGAUAUCUCCGUAUACAAUAGUAAAAUCAUUGCUGUACACAGUAGGAGUUCCAUACAAAACAGAAAUAUAACAUCUGGAUGCGUGGAUCUACCUUUUAAAUUCGAUAUCAAGAUAGUAUUCCGGGCAUUAUUUGAAGGAUGGAAAACGAAGGCCGUCCUACUGUCUGAUGUGUUUGUUGAAUACGGUCUCUGUAACGAUAUGACCAUGUAUGAACUAACAAAGUCAAUGAAGGAAGCAACACCUCUUUUCCCCCAAGAUCGACUUCUGUCUUCGAAAAAUGCAACCUUUUCUCAUCUAAUUGAUCAGAGAGACUCCAUAGACCUUUCUCUGUGCCCUUCUUGUAGAAACCAUGACUUCAGUAUUUUUGCAGACCCUCUAACUGAAUGUUACUGUAAAGUGAGAAAUGACGUAUGUGUCUACUGCACAUGCUCCAAUAUAAGCACCUUUAUUUCCAUUCGAAAUUUUCGUUGCAGUUUCUUUCGUUUAAAAGCUAGAGAUAAUCAGAUAAAUGUAGAAUUUCUCAACAGCAGUAUCGGCGAUAUGUCACUCAGUGUAGGCUUGGAUAACUAUCUGCUUUUUAACUUUAAUGAAACGCAAAUAACUUCCUUUACAUCAGUUGUUAUUCGUGGAUCAUAUCAUUUUAUUCAUAUUUGGGAAGGUAUUCUCAACCUCUUUCAGUCUCCAUUUGAUUUUUACGUCGUAGGCAAAAUGAGGAACUUUUUGACUCAUUACAGCGUGACAAAUGAUGGUUUAUAUCUCGCGGAAAACAAUUUUGAGGACGUCAGCAGUAUAAAUGUUGAGUCUUAUGCGAAGACUCGAGUUUCGACUAAUUUUAGCAAUUGUAAUAUUUCCGAGCAAACACCCAUUUACAUCGAGUCUAAAAUAGUUGAUUUGAGCAGAAACCGGAUCCGGUUUUUCUUUGUGAACUACAAAAUAGAGGUUUUAUAUAUUCAACACAAUUUGCUCGAAGCUGUUGUGCAAAAUGACGCUACGAAAGAGACUACUUAUUAUCCCCUUUCUAUCUUAGAUAUGUCCUUUAACAGCAUCAGGAAGCUACAGCAAGAAGAUUUUAAGUACUACGUGUUGUUGAUAAGCUUAAAUCUCUCUGGUAAUCAAAUACAAGAUAUCGAGGAGAACACCUUUUCCGACUUAUCCAUGUUAGUUUCCAUCGACUUAUCUGGGAACAAAAUUUCCGUUAUCCGCAGGGAACAUUUCAGGUCACUUGGACAACUUCAGUUUGUGUAUAUUCAAAAGAACAACAUCUUUCAAGUUUCCAGUGAUAUAUUUCACGGCCUAGUAAGUAUGAAAUAUCUACAAGUGGAAUCGUUCUCAAUCUGUUGCGUCAAACCACAGUCACUGUACAACAUAAAGUGCGUGGCUCCUUCUACUGAAAUCUCAUCUUGUGAUCAUCUGAUAGCGGUUCCCAUUCUUAACGUUGCUAUUUGGUACAUGGCCCUCUUUGCUUUGUUUGGAAACAUCAUCGUGAUAAUUUAUAUAGUUUCUUCUUUGAAGAAGAAAGUUUCUAUUACCUAUUUUAUCCUUACGCUGAACCUCAGUUUUGCUGAUCUCCUAAUGGGAGUUUAUCUCUUCAUCAUUGCUAUGGUUAACUUGAGAUAUACAGGCACUUACGGUUUAAUGGACUACACGUGGAGACAUAGUUUGCUAUGCACUCUGGCUGGUAUCUUAGCAACGGUUUCCAGUGAGACGUCAGCUUUCAUUGUUUUUCUAAUUACCGUUGACCGUUUUCUAGCCAUCAAGUAUUCCAUUUCGGAAAUUCGUCUGACGAAAAGAGGAGCUAUUGGACUAUGUGCUUUUAUUUGGCUUACAUCAUGGCUUUUGGCAACCCUUCCACUGCUGCUUUACGAAAACUUUUAUUCCAAGUCCGGGAUUUGCAUCUCGCUGCCACUCUCAGUUUUAAGAAAGACUGGAUGGCGAUAUUCAAUGAUAAUCUUUGUGGGUCUGAAUGCUCUUCUCUUCAUCGGAAUUCUUAUUGGUCAGAUUGCUAUAUUUGUCGAAGCACUAAACGUAGGAAAAGUCGUUAGGACCUCUAAAAUACGAACACGAGAGAUUUCUUUGGCUAAGACCUUGGUAGCAAUAAUCGUCACAGACAUGCUUUGCUGGAUCCCGAUUGGAGUCAUCGGAAUGGUGACUUUCUAUGGUGAGGAAUUCCCCAGUGACGUGUACGCUUGGAUCAUUGUUCUUGUGCUUCCUGUUAACUCGGCCCUGAACCCCAUCCUCUACACAAUGACUGCUGUCAUCAGACAAAAGAGACAAUCUCACAUUCAUCGACUGACUCAAGAAAACCUUAUCCUGAGAAAACAGUUGGACACAUUGAGGAGUUCUAUUUCAUCGGCUUCAACAAGGCGUUAGAAACAUUUUGGACUUUGGACAUUUUCCUUGCGUAUUGAUG